AUAAUGUAGCCACCGAGUGUCUGUGUGGUCACGUGUGUUUUGAAAAGUUUACACGAAUGGAAUUGAGCAGGAGCUGGUUUGCUUUCAAAUGCGAUUUUGAAGCAAAAAAGCUUGCCAUCGUGACUCGCCGCAUUCACACGUUUUAGUAAACCGCCAAACAGUCCCAGCACUUGGUUUAUUUCAGCACUCGCUAGCUCUGAAUAACGUUACCUGCCGUGCCGUGGCUAACGUUACCUCGUAUCGGCGCUUUGGACGUUUCGGGUGUCGCGUUCGCACGAGUAUUACAACGGUUUUAAAACGCUGGUGCCGUUAGUUACAGUUACACAUUCAGUUAGUAGACUAGUUUGCGUUUCGGUCAGCUAGGUGUAGAAGUGUCUUUCAAAAAUGGUGUUUUUUACCUGUAACGCGUGCGGUGAAUCCCUGAAAAAAGCUCAGGUUGAUAAACAUGUGACCAUGUGCCGGGGUUGCCAGGUUCUCUCCUGCAUCGACUGUGGCAAAGACUUCUGGGGUGAUGACUACAAGAACCACAACAAAUGUAUCAGUGAAGAUCAGAAGUAUGGAGGCAAAGGUUACGAGGCUAAGGCAAACAAAGGAGAUGUUAAACAGCAGCAGUGGAUUCAGAGAAUCCAAGAAGCCAUGAACAAACCAGGGGUUAGUGCUAAGCUAAAGGAUGUGCUUUUACAAGUUAGCACAUAUGACAAUGUCCCGAGAAAGAAGGCCAAAUUUCAGAACUGGAUGAGAAACAGUCUUAAAAUAGCCAACACUAGUCUUCAUGAUGAAGUCUGGAACAUCAUUUCUGCAACUGACAGUGCUCCAGAGGUCCCUCAGCAGACUACAAGAGAUGAACAGACAGUGGCUGAAGUCAAAGUGGACACCAAUGGAAAUGAAAAGCAGAAUGGCCAGGUGGAUGUUGAGAAGAAGAAGAAGCGGAACAAACAGGAGCGUAAAGAGGCCCGUCAGCAAAAGAACGGGAAAGCUCUGAAAAGUGCGGAAAAGAACGUCGCACAAGAGCCAGAGGAAGACCAUGCAGGCAAAAAGAAAAAGAAGGACAGAAAAAGAAAGCGCGGCUGUGAAGAGGAUGGAGAUGAAGAGCAGAAUGGGCACAGUGUGGAGGAUGAGACGUCCAUUAAGAAAACAAAGGUUGACAAAACAGCAGAGGCUGCUGAUGCGCACAUGGCAGAGGAGCCUGAUGAUGUGGCUUCCAAAGGCAAAUUCAACUGGAAGGGGAAUAUCAAGGCAGUACUGAGAGACUCACCUGACCAGGAACUGUCAGUGAAGAAACUGAGGAAGAAGGUUUUGGCCGCCUACUACUCUUUCACUGGUGAUGGGAAUUUUAAAUCGGAGGAGGAGGUGCUGGCUCUGUUCAACAAGAAGAUCAACAACAAUCCCAAGUUUAGAGUUUUGAAAGACAGAGUAAAACUUGUAAAGUAGACUUGUUUAUCUCACCUACCUGACAUAAAAUGUACGUUGUUUAUAGACUUUUAAAAUUUAAAGACCACCGUUGUCUGUCGUCCUCUCUUGGAUGUUUUUGUACAGAUGACAUAAUCUUGAAGAUUAAAUCAUUUUAUAACUGAA